CACUGGUAUUCUGCGCAUCUCUCAGCCUCGAUUCAUUCUCUGCCACCGCAGGCUCGAUUUCGUCGUGUAUCUUCGCUAUUUGCGUUCUUUGAAUUUUUUUAAAAAAAAAACCGACACUACAACCAGCAGUGUUAACAAACAAUAAAAAGAGAGCGUUUACCAAUCUGCUUUUCAUAUUCCUUUCGUGAGAUAAAGGAAUUAAAUCCACCUGCGACACAAUCCAAAACGUGGAGACUGCGGGUUUUUUUUUUCUUGCUCAUUUUUCCCCCUCCCUUAUAACAUCUCUAUAGAGAAAAUUUAACAAACAUGAAAACCAAUUUUAUCAACGGGGUUUCGUCUUCCCCUUCAAUGUCGCUGGGCCUUCUGGUGACCGAGAACGCCCUGCACGUCCUGCCCGACACCCAGGAGGACUCCAAGGAUCUGGUCCGCCCCGGCCAGCCGGACCUGGAGACCAGCCGCAAGGCUUAUCUGUGGUGCAGGGAGUUCCUGCACGGAGCCUGGAGGAGACUGGCCGAGGAGGACUUCCAGAUCACCGUCAUAAGGGGCGGUCUGAGCAACAAGCUCUUUCUGUGCAGCCUCCCCGACAGCCUGGACUCGGUCGGGGACGAGCCGAGGAACGUCCUGCUGCGCCUCUAUGGGGCCAUCCUGCAGAUGUCCUGUAAUAAAGGGGACUCCCGACAGUCAAACAAAGACAAUGACUUCCAAGGAGCAGAGGCCAUGGUUCUGGAGAGCGUGAUGUUCGCCAUCCUGGCUGAGAGGGAGCUGGGACCCAAACUCUACGGCAUUUUCCCUCAGGGCCGCCUGGAGCAGUACAUCCCUAGUCGUAAACUGGACACCUGCGAGUUAGGCGACCCGAGCAUCUCCGCUGAGGUCGCACAGAAGAUGGCCAGGUUCCACGGGAUGAGGAUGCCCUUCAACAAGGAGCCAAAGUGGCUGUUUGGAACCAUGGAGAAGUACCUGAGCCAAGUCAUGAGGCUGAACUUCACCAGAGAGUCCCAUCUGCGCCGCUUCAACCGCUUUCUCGCCUACAACCUGCCACAGGAGAUGGAAACGCUGAAGUCGCUGCUGGAGUCCACUCACUCCCCUGUUGUGUUCUGCCAUAAUGACUGCCAGGAAGGGAACAUCCUGCUCCUGAAUGUCCACCACAGCUCAGAGAAACAGAAGCUGAUGCUAAUUGACUUUGAAUACAGCAGUUACAACUACAGAGGCUUUGACAUCGGCAACCAUUUCUGUGAAUGGAUGUACGACUACACCUGCGACGAGUUUCCCUUCUUCAAAGUCGAUGCUCAGAACUACCCUUCAAAAGCUCAGCAGCUUCACUUCAUCGAGAGCUACCUGCGAGAGUCUGACCAGGGCUUCGGCAACCUGAGCGAAGAGCACCAGAUGAGGCUGAAAGAGGAGCUGUACGUGGAGGUCAACAGGUUCUCACUUGCAUCUCACUUCUUUUGGGGCUUGUGGUCCAUCAUCCAAGCGAGGCUGUCAACCAUCGAGUUUGGAUAUUUGGAGUACGCCCAGGCCAGGUUUGACGCCUACUUCCAGCAGAAGAGGAUUUGGGCCGCCUAAUGUAGCAGGACAACCGGGCGGUUAGACAACACAUUGAGCCAAAAUGUCAGCAAGAGGACACGAAGGCUGAAAAAGAUUCAAAGAUCCAUGCUUUACGUACACUCCCUGCCUGUUACGGGGGAUUCGCUGCCUCCGGUUGGUGUUUUGUUGACCAAAGCCAAGACGUAAUCCCAUGGCUAAGGCACUUGAAGUACGCCUCACAAUCAACCGCAGCUCAAAGUUUACAGUGUAGCUACACAAAGGCCAACUGAAAAAGGAAAGAAGACAUGGCUUUUCUAACCUUCAUUACCGCUCUGAUGUCCUCUCUGCUUCUGCUGGACCAUAUCGCUAGCAUGACAAGUUUGAGUUGGUAAACGGCAGACUUCGGUUACCGCUAGAGCGGAAAUGGUAACAUUGCAUCAAUGUGUAUGUAUAGAUCAUUCCCUGAAGGAGAUGCUCUAUGGGAACGAACCAAAACGCAGACUACUCUGCAUAGACUUGCUCACUGAGGCAGCCAGUUGCUGACUAUGUAUGUUAUAAUAUAUUAUAUAGAUUUCAAUGUGCCAGUAGAGUGUUACUCGUGGACUGGGAGGGCAGGAGAAAACCUGAAUUCACUUAUCGGUCUGAUUUUCUGUAAACACUUGCUGUUCGCGUGGUUUAAUUUUUUUAUUUGGGUGUGUUUGUCAUUGUCAGGCCAGAAUCUUUUAAAGAUGUGAACAUUUUCCACCAAACUAUAUCCAAAUACAUCAAAUCGUCAGGAAUGUUAGCUAUGCUCAUGCCUGAGUCUUAGUGAUAUACUUACUAAUCAUACUCACAACUUUGCUUUAUAUUUUAUAAAACAGAGGGAUGGAGUGACCAGUAGAUACACAUCUCUGUACAGUUUACUGAGCCAAAUACCUCAGCAGGUUUUUAUGAACGUUGCUGCUAAACUCCACACAUUGGUAAUUGUAUACUAAAGACGGCUUUACACAGCAUUUGUUCUUUACUUUGACAAUGGAUUCUUUGGUGAUUGGUCACUCGUGUGCCUGGUACCACGCUGCCUCAUUAUUGUAUUCUUCUGGCAGAAUAAUGACACAGGCAGUCCAGUCACGGAUCAACGAUAGUUUGUUUUGCACAAAUUACAACAAUGAAAGUUGUAAAUAAUUACUGUGAGGUAUUUAAAUGAUUUCUACAAUUUAGAAACCUGAGUCCCAUUGCAAGUCCAAGCUCAUAUUAUAGUCAUUACAAUCUAUUGUAAUUAUCUGCUAGUAAGGCCAUCUUUGCCAUUUCCUCAGACCAAUGUAACAGCUUAGUGUUUAGUUUUUUGUUUUUAUACUUUACUUCAAUACGAUCAGUUUAAUUGACACAAUAGGCUUGUUUUUAACAUGGUUCCUAGGAUGUUGAAGUUUAUUCCAUUCUUUAUUUUCCUUAUUUAAUUUUAAAAAAUAUAUAGAAAUCUCAUUACUUCUUGUCUAAUUGUCAUCUUUUUUUUUGCCAUAUCAUAUUUUUAAAUUAACAUAUUAACCAUAAGUAUAUUUCAUAAGCCAUGUAUAUGACUUGAUCAAAGUUAAAAAAGGAACACUUAUACCCAAAUUAUUUAGACCGGCUUGAAUGCAGGUUUUAAACUACUCCUGUUUUUCUUAAACUGCGUCUAAUUUAGAUCAAGCAUGCAAAGGGGCGAAACAGUAAUAUUUUAAUCUUCCUAUACUGAAUAAUUAAUCAAAGUUCACAAACUGCUUUGGGAAACAUUAAAAAAAUAAUCAGAAUAUCCAUCCACCACCCUAGAAAAAGGCAACAAAAACCUACUUUCUCUAUUGUAUUGCUCUUUUCUGCCGCUGAAACAUUUAAGUUCAGUACUUAAAAGUUGGCUAAUAGGUCUCAUUUGAGUUUUUGAGAAAUCUGAGAAAGUUGGUAGUUUACAAAUGGAAAAUGAGUAGGAACCUUGCUAAAUUUAGCCUCUUUAACUGUGUAAAGUUAAUAAUUAGGCUACUACCAACAUUUUAAUUGUGAAUGUAUACAAACGGUUUUUAUGAACUGGUCUUUAAUUUUAAACUGAAGCUUACACAAUCAAGCUUCUAUUGAACAAUAGAUUUGUAUUUUCCUGUUUUAUUGAGUUUUCAUAGCUGUAGCUCCUGACAGCUAGCUAUGCUAGCUAUGACACUAGUUGUUUUUUCUAGCUUUAGCUAAAGCUCUCAAAAGUGACUGAAUUUUUAAUUGGAUCAUUAGAUAAAGCAGCGGGAAAAGUCCUAACGUAUAAAAGUAGUACAGGCUAACUAGCCUAGCAUAAAUGUUGAUACACACCGGGGUGACCAGAUGUCCCCGAUUUCCGGGGACAGUCCUCAUUUUGGAUGACCUGUCCACGGCAAAAGCUGUCCCUGGAAAUGUCCCGGAUUUCAUGGUAUCAUGAUGGAAUUAAAAAGUUUAGUGCAACAAGAGGUAUUUUCCCGUUCCCGACGUGGUAGCUGAGCUGAGCCGAACGCGCCUUCCCCGCCCUGUCGGCGUUGCAGACGUCAUCCCCAACGACACAGAAUGUUAUACCAUUAUUCUAAAGACGAGUAUUAAAAAUGUUGUGUAUUACCUUUUUUACAAUUCAAAUCUUUUAGUUCUUUAUUUUUAAUUGACUUUAUUUAAGACAUGCUGACAGCAUAAUGCUAGUCUAAAAUCCAAUACAAUUAAAACCAGCUUACAUGCAUCAAACUGGAUGUGUGCAAAACUUUAACAUUUACUUGCUUGGCUUCUGAUUUCUGGUUAUUGUCCGACAAAGUAAGCUAAGCUAACCUGCAUACAUUCAUUCCUCUCCUGCAUCAUAUUAUCUGUGAAUAACUUGGAAGGUAUUUGGAAGGCACCACCAAAAAGCCGAGUCAUGAAAACUGCAAUGACAAUAGUAAAACUCUUAGAGCACUGUGAAGCAUAAUACUAAACUGGUCACUACACCUGACUGAAACCCGAUUUGACUCUGUUGGAGCACUUUUGAAAAUUUAUAAAAGAGAAAAAGGAAAAAAGAAAAAGGAAAACAAACAAAAAACAGGGUUUCUUAACUGUGACUUUUGAGUUGUUUAAAUGUUAGUUGUACUUUUACUUAUGUAUUUAUAGCUUAUUUACUUUUUAGUGUGUUUAAUUUGUAGGAGUAUCAUUGUUUUGAUACAUCAGACUUGAGAUCCACCGUCAGAAUGUGCAAGGGGUUGUACUGGACAGAUAUUUCAAUUUUGUUUUUGUUACUGGUACAUCUUUACUGUCUGUAUCACUUGUGGCAUUUUAUUCCAGCUAACUUGAUUUAUGAUUUUCUUAUACACAUUGUAUUUCAUUUCUUUUUGUUUCACUUGUAAUGACUUUGUGUAUUAAAAAAAAGCAUCUUGGGUAAAAUGCUACAUUCCAUACAUUUUUAAUGUGAGAUUAUACACAUUACAUCGAACCGUACAUAAACCCUGACUCUAAUGGUUCAUUCAACAAAACUGUAAUUACGCCCUGGUCGCUAAACAAACACACCCACCCUGUAUAUAUUUAAUGUAACAUUCACUAACAAACAUGUAGAAAAUUAUUCAUAAAUAAAUAAUGACAAAGUUUUAUCCUAUUGUUAUUGCUAAUGUACAGUGGUGUGAAAAAGUUUUUCCCCUUUACAAAUUUCUUGUGUGUUGGUCUUUUUAAGGUUUCAGAGCAUAAAACAAAUUGUAAUAUCAAAGAUAUCCUGAGAAAAAUGUAAAGUGUUUUUAAGUGAUGAUUUCAGUUAUUUGUAAAAAAAAAAAAAACUAAUAAGACUUUGACAAGACCACUAGGAAACCUUUAUUAAUUUAAAUUUUUAUUUUCAAAUAGGGGCUGGUUGGUUAAGAUUGCGUUUUUCCCUUAAAAAUGAAACUAUCAUUUUAAAACUGCUUUUUGUUUUUCAUCAGGUCAUCGUCUCAUAAUAAAAUUGUUUCGAUCUGGAAGAAAUGUUUAAUGGGGCAAAUACUUUUUCACUGCACUGUGCAUUAUGGUGUUGUUCUAUUCUUUGAUGAUGACAACAACUAUUCUACGAUUUUACUCACCUUUGUUAUCUAUGCAGCUAUAACUGAAUGCAUAUGUACUCACAGCAACAUGCUUUGUAAUCCGAAAGGUUUUCUUUAAAUGUCAGAAGCACUGAAAUGACUGUAAAUCUAUGCUUUGCACAAAUAAAACUGAGAAGAUGGAGAAAUUAA